UCCACUCACUGCCCGGCUGUCUCACGAUCCCUUAGAUUCUGUUCCAUUUUCUGUCUUCAUCUCCAGAAGGCCUCAUAAACUAGAAAGAAAUCUGUAGCAAGCAGACAGCAUAGAUAGAUCUCUUAGGGCUGUCAUUUUGACCAAGGUAAACUUAGCUCUUUCUUGACCAAAUAGUCUGAAGUGUAGCAUCCACGCCAAAGCUAAUGCUCUCUUGGUGAAUUGUGGCAGAUUCUCCAAUGGCUCUUUAAGGUAACAUGUGAACUAGAAAGGUAGAGCACUUCUAUUCCUUCCAGCGAGAAGGAAACGAUUAAUGAUCGUAAAGCUAAAUUGAAACAUAUACUACUGUUUAAGCAUUGGAUUGCGUGAAAGAUUAGCAAGCAAGAUUUUCAAGCCAUUUAAGAUUUUAUAUAGAAGAAACAUUUCAAAAGAUUGCUUCAAUGGCACCCUCAAUUUAAAAAAAAAGAAAAAAAAAAAAAAAACACGCUUAGAAGUUUUGACAGAAGGCAGUGUCGAAUCCACUCAAUGAACAUGAAGAAAGAAGAUGUUGAUCGAGGACUAGGAGUCAGUCACAAGGUGGAUUCUACACCUCAUGUAGGAAAUAAAGUUCUACCAAUAAGUGAGACCGCAUUGUUAACCUCCACUAACACAAAUGACCAGUGUUGCUCGUCGGAAAAGAAAGACAGGCUUAAAGGGGUCAAAGUCAACACCAUGUCAAGAAUGAAGGAGCUAUUGAGAUGGGCUGCUGUUGCAAAAUCAGAGAUGGGAGGAAAAUUCAUUGUUCGAAAGGUUCUUCACUUCCGAAACCGUGGAACCCCGAAAGCAGUGCAAGAUGAUGACCAACUUAGCAAUGACUCUCCAAAGAUCAGUUUUUGUUGGGAUGUGGAAAGCUGCUCUACCACUUCCUCUGCCCACUCAGCAAUGUCUAUGGCGUCCUCUUCAAAUCUAACCCUGAUUCAAGACAAAGAUCAUAUCAAUUCCAGAAAAGGAAACUGGAUCACCACAGACUCUGAAUUCGUGGUGCUAGAGCUUUGAAGAAAGAGAGAUUGAAGAUGAACUUCCAAGGUUAAAUCCAAUCAAAACUGCUUAGGCAUUGUAUUACACCUAUUGAUAGGUUGUUCUGCGUUCAUUCUAAUUUCUCCUAAAUUUCAAAGGAAUUUAUUCUACAUCAAUGUAGGGCUCUGACGUGUACCUGCACCGUAAUGAAGAUGGCCUAAAGGGUUACCUGACUAUUGUGAUUA